AGCACGACUGGAUGGCUGCCGUGUCCGAAUCUGAACGUGAAGGCUGGCUCACCACCUGCAGCAUGUGUGGGACCAAGGAUGACGUCAUUGUCGUCCCAACGAUGACGAUGACGUCAGAUGGCCUGAUGACGUACGACGUCGAAUCAGCCGAUGGUGACGUCACGCAUGUCGUCUGCAAACCCAAGCCGUACUCGGAUGAAGAAACAUACGCGAAGUUGGACGCACACGCCGUAAACGCUGAUCGGUCCCUGAACAGUGACUUCACAGAAUUGGUGACAUACCUGCUGCAACCUGCCAGGACCGACCUAGAGAAGGCACGAGUCCUGUUCCGCUGGGGCACGGCACAGGACCUGGUAAACAUGCAGUUUCCCGGUACAGUAGAGAAGGAAACGCCGGAUUGGUACCUGCGUGAAAUCAAAGACGAAAGAGAGUCACACGUCACACUUCUGGCUAAAAUGUGCAGUCUGGCUGGACUUCACCACAGGAUCGUUCGAGGCAAUGCAAAAUCGGUAAAAUUUUACCCCGGGUCGAAGUUAGGAGAGUCUAACUUCAGGGGAAGCUGGCCACAGGUCCUGCUAGACGGGCGCUGGGGAAUCAUGGACACUGCUUGGGGAUCGCACCACGUCAUAGACGACCUGGACAAGACUGCAAAGGACUUGGAGACGGUGUAUGCAUUCGACGAGUUUCAUUUCCUACCCAACCCACGACACUACCUAAGUGCGCAUCACCCAGACGACGACACAUACCAAUUUCUUCCUAAUCCAGCUCCUCUCGCCGACUUUGAACCACAUGUCCAGUGCUGGCCACACUUCUUUGUUCAUCACCUGAAACUGCUGAGUCAUCAUCACGGACUGGUUCCUACCGAGAAUGGCAAGGCGAUGAUUUACAUCGGCUUCAAACCAGAAGACUACAGUACCAUCAAGUUUUCGUCGCACUUACAGACCAUGGAUCGGCAGUCCACUUGGAAGAACAUCAAGCUUGACAGAUUCAUUCAGCAAGACAGAAAGAAAGACGCAGUACUCUUUACAGUCAAGCCUCCUGAGAAUGGCAGAUUUCUGUUUGAUAUCUUCGUCGGCAUGGAAGGAGACAGAAGCAUGAAGUGUGCUUGCAAAUACGCGAUAGACUGUGAACAAGCCAUACCAGAAAGUGAAAACGCGCCACUUCCAGAGUGGCAAGGUACAUGGGGACCAGGCAACACCGUUCUAAACAAAGGCCUCAUACCUAUGUCGCAUCCAUCUCCACGUGUCGAGUGCCAGGAGGGUCGAGCGGCCAUCCAGUUCAGUUUGCCUGAACAAUUUGAGUUCGUCACAAACCUGUUUGAAACAACAACCGAAGAGAAACACCUGAACCGGUACGUCGCCCACGAGGUCGUAGAUGGAGUGGCCACCUUCAACGUCAUCAAUCCGUCAAAAGGCAACUUGGGGUUGACGAUAUACGCAAAGGGGCAAGAAGAAGAAGGGACGACGUUCCCGCAUCUGUGCACCUAUCUGGCGUCGACAGACAGCCCCAGUGGCGAGGUCCCCUUCCCAAGUGUUGCUAAUGGCAGGUUUGGACCUUCUCUCCCUCACUUUUCGGAGAUGGGGAUGUCCACAAAGAGCCACGCCAGUGCGUUCAUCGAUUGUGACGACAAUGAGCUACACAUUAGUCUGGGCACCAACAGAGUUCUCAGUGUAUCACAGCACCUGACAUGGGAGACCCUUGAGGAAGAAAUCAACAUGGACAACUACUGCUACAGUGAGGUCCGAGAUGGCGAGGUGUAUUUCUGGCUCCGUCUUCCAAGGUUGGGCAAAUACAAACUGGCCGUGUAUGCCGAAGAGAGUGAUCACAAGGGAACCCUGCGAAACGUCUACAACUACUGUAUCAACUGCACGGGGAUAAGGGAAGACGUGAAGCCAUUUCCACCAGUUAAUGGAAAACAAUGGGGACAGUUUUCCAGGUGUGCAAAGCUCGGCUUAACCCCAACAAGUCACCCGUCAGGCUUCAUCGAGGCAGAGGAAGAACUUCAGAUUGUACUUGAUUCAGCAAAGUCGCUAGAGUUUUUUCAUGAAUUGAAGUUUUGGUCAUCAGGAGAGACGAAAGAGGAAGCCAUGAACGACUUCUGCUGUCACAAGGUACUUAACGAAGGGAAGAUGACGGUAGUGCUAGUACGGUUCCCUCACGAAGGACCUUACAUCCUUCAGCUGUACGCAAAGGAAACGGGGGAAGACGGCGUUUAUGGCAGUGUGAUAAACUACUUGAUUUCUUGCAAGAAGUCGGCAACAGGCUGCGUGGGAUUUCCAGACGUGUGGAACAAACGAUGGGGACCGCUGUACCCCCACUUCUCAGCUAUGGGUUUGAGCCUUGCAAGUCACACAGAUCCAAUGAUCCACUCAAGAACUGGAGCUCUACAGAUUUCUCUUAACAGGUCCAAACCACUUCAGUUCCUGGGCCGACUGUACCAUUGUGAGAACGGCCAGCAGACCGGUCUCCAAAACAAUGUCUUCAUCCGAGACGACCUUGGCGAAGAGGGGAGGAUGACGGCUAGGGUGCUCAUGCCACACACCGGUGACUACAAACUGCAGACAUCUGUCAAAGAGGCAGGGGGCAAUAAUUCAUACACAACGGUAAUCAACUUUCUCAUACACUGCUCGAGCGCAGUGCAUGGCUCCCUCGAGUUUCCUGAGUCGUUUUCGAAUUGGGGACCGGGCUAUCACGUCUAUGAACCACAGAGGAGGGCUCUACCAGUUGGCAAGGAAACGCAUUUCAAAGUCGCCCUCCCGGAUGCUGUUGAUGUUGCUACAAUAUCGCCAGACGGCAAAUGGUCACACCUGACGAAACAAGAGGAUGGCACGUGGGAAGGUGACGUAACUAUCCCUGGGGAAGACUUGAUGGGAAAAGUUAUCAAACUGUCUGCGAAGAUCAACGAUGGGAAAGACACCUACUGGACGAUUUUGCAGUACGUAGUAGGGGAGGAUUCUUCUCCAGUGCCUAUCAUAUGGGAAGGCGAUGAGGUUGGAGAUGUACAAGAUGGCUCUAAAGAAAAAGAGCAGCCAAAGUCUCCAACAGACGGAGAACAAGAUGGCUCCAAAGAAGAGGAGCAGCCCAAGUCUCCAAUAGACGGAGAACAAGAUGGCUCAAAAGAAGAAGAGCAGCCAAAGCCUCCACAUAAUGGAGAAGACGAGCCUCAAGAUGAAAAUGAUAAACCAAGAGAUGAAGAGGACACGAAGCCUACAACUGAAGAGGAAGAAAAUGAGUCAAGAAAAGAAGAAGAUUCAAAGCCUUCAAAUGAUGAAGGACAACACGACUCAAGAGAUGAAGAGAAGGUCAAGAAUCUACCUGAUGGAGAACAAGAUGAAUCAACAGACGAAGGAGAGCCUCCAACUGAUGAAGAAGAUGACUCAACAGGUGAUGAGGGUGAUUCAGAAAAUGAAGAUGAGCUACACCAGCCAAUCAAUGGGCAAGAAGAAGACUACAAAGUCAUCUUAAGGCAACACCAGGCUACAAUCGAGGAGACAAUGGAUCCAAUGAUGGUCAUACCGAGGCUUGAACAGGAGGGAUUCGUCGAUGAUGAAGAGGCAAAAGAGUUGCUGCUGAUGGUGCCUGAAAACCUUCCGGAAGUGAACAGGAACGUCCUGGCGGUGGUUCGGAGAGAGGGCGAAGAUGCUUUCGUCAUACUUCGUGACGUCAUGAAAGAAACGGGACAGGACCAAAUCACUGAAGUCAUCGAGGAUGUGGUGAUCGUGGUGCCCGACAAUGCGGUUGACAAACUGCGAAAGAAACUUGCCGAUGCGACGCUCGCGAAGAACAAGGGAAGGCUGGAGCAGAUCAUGGCGGAGUGCCGCGAACAGGGGAUGGAGGAGGAAGACGUCUUUAGAGAGGCACAGAGGACUCUGAACUUAAUCGAGGCUCGACAAGGUCUCACAAAGGCCAUCAAAACACGACACAGAGACCAGCUCCAAGCUGCACUCAAAGCCGCCCAACCGUUUAGAAAAGAGCUCCGAAAGCACACCAAAGAAGCAAAAGAAAUCCUUAACAAAAUAAAACGGUUGGAGAAUCUACGUCACGAAAUCAUGGACAUGAACCAGGCGACCAUCGCGGAGAUCAAGACGUACAACAACCCUCCUCCCGCCGUCUACAAGGUCAUGAUGGCCACGUUCCUGCUGCUGGGCAACACCAUGGCACAGGUCAACGACUGGAUGUCGCUACUAGUUCUCAUCGGUAAGACGGGAAAACAGAGCCUGAAGCGGCGGGUGAAGAACUGCGAGCCGGCGAACAUCUCACCGGAGACCGCUGCCGAGGCAAAGCUCUGUCUGGGAGACCUUAGUCUGGACGGGGUCCGGGACCAAAGUUCGGGAGCAGCCACCUUCUAUGUCUGGUCAGUGGGGACCAUCAGCGAAGUGGAAGAGAUGGCCCUGAACAAGCAGGACACAAAAAGCACCCGAUGA